AUGAAAGCUUUCCCCAUCCUUUUCACCCUGGGAUGUCUCGGCGGAGCAUUGGCCCAGCAGUGUCCUGGAAGCUGGUACCUCGAGCCUGAUGACUGCAUAUGCAUGAACAGCCGGGACGGGUCUCUGCUCAAGACGCAGACUCUGGGAUGCUGCAAGUCAAUGGGCUACAGAACCUAUGACAAUAUUUGCGCCGUGGAUCGUGAUAAGCGCCAGGCGUUCAAGGACUGCUGCAAGAAUUUGAAGCAGGAAAGCGUUAUCGGCCACUGUCGCUGAGAGAUGCCGUGGUGUAGUGUAAUGUUUUGAUAGGGGAGUUUUCAGGAAAGCAAAGCGUAAUGGACAAAGUGAUGCGAGAACCUGAACUCGCACCUAGCACCAGCUGACAGUUGGACUGAAAUGGGAAUAUAGUUUGUCC